AUGACUCUGAUGGCUUUCCUCCGAAGCAGCGCACGCAGCUCUCGUACUGUGGGCAAGGUGUUUCGGGGAUGCCGCUGCAUGGCAGCCGCAGCGGGCGAGCCUGCGUCCCGGGUCAAAGAAGCCCCGCCAAGGUGGCCCUUCCUCAGAUCCAAGGCGCUCUCGGCGGGAUUGGGCGCCUUCCUAACCCAGGGCCCAGCCCAGCUCGUCGUCACGGGCACGAGAGGAAGUGGAGCUGCUACGGCCAUCCGUGCGGCGCUGGCGCAAUUGGGGAGCGGCCCCGGUACGCCGAUGACGGUGGUACUCGACUGCAGCCAGGCCAAGCAGGGAGCACUGGAGGAUGCCUUCCGACAGCAGCUUGCUGAGCAGCUGGCGACGCUGCCCAAUCAGGAUGCACUGAUUGAGUCCAUGGUGGAGGCCGUAUGUACUGCCCAUCCGGAGGCCGAUGGGGCCCUGAUCGCCUCCUUGACUGGCGUGGCGGGCCGCCGAGGGCUCCGGGGCGCCGUGCCAUCGGGGACGGAGGUUCUGGCCGUUCGAGAGCUCCUUGACAAGCGGCCGUCAACACCGAAGCUUAUCGCCUUAGCCUCGGGGCACCUCGCGAAUUUGGCACGGGCGGCCCCCAGCCGAACCGGAGCUGCGCUGGCCUUCCUUUGUGACGCAGCGUCUCAGCAAGGCUGCCCGACCGUAGGCAUCGACUACCUCACCCUGGCGGCACGCCGGGCAGCGACUGCUUCGCGGAGAGAUGUGGUGCUUGUGCUUCUGCGUGCCGACGCUGCGGAAGGUCCUCUUCGGCACUACCUGGAGGCCCCGACGGACGACAUGGGUGACGGUGACGGCAAGCUCCGGGUGUUGGUGCAGAGCUACGAUGCCAUGCGCGUGAUCCGUGCCUCCGCCCACGGGGUGCCAGUCCUGACAGCGGAUGAAUGGUCCGAGGAGAUGGCCCGCGCCAUCGUGCAGCCCCGUUUCCUUCCUGCCGAUGAGGCGACUGAGUGGAGAGCCAUUUGGGCUGCUGUCGGCGGCCAUGCCGCGCACUUGAAGCAGGUUGCUGAAGCUCUGGUCCAAGAGAGGCAGACGUUGGAGGCGCAAAGGCGAAAGGAGGAGAUGGAGGAGCUUCGGGAGGAGAUGAAACGUGAGCGCGAACAGCCUCUGAGGAGCCCGGAUGCUGAGGAGAAUCUCAGGAUGGCCAAGGAGCAAAAUCGAGAUGACAGUUUCCGAGCCGAUGCACGGACGCCGGAGGGAGCUGCAGAGCUGCUCCUGCGACGGUUGCCCUCGAUGAUGGCGGAGGACGUGGCGCGUAUCGAGGCGCAGAUUGCCACCUUUGUCAGACAUCCACUCUUGGGAGGCUGGCUGCCCAGCAACCCGGCCGCCGCUGGGGCCGUGCUCAGCACAGCGCUCACAGAGAUUUGCGAGACAAAUGGCAGGGUCGUGCCGGGAGGGGGCUUUGCCGAGCUGGACGACCCCUUGAUUUUGGCACUGAUCGAUUCCGGCCUGUUGACGCCGAAGUGGCAGCCGGAAGCAAGGCGCCUGGUGGAGGAGUCCUUAGAUGCCGAUGAGGUGCCUUCAAGCCUGCGGACGCGCAUGCUGCAGCUACUGGGCAACGAGAAGAUCGGAUUCUUCUCCCUGAUCGACCAGUUGGUCCAUAUGGAUCGUUGCUGGGGCGGCCAGGAAAUGGCAUGA